AUGUCUCAACCAUUAAGGUAUGAUUAAAUUAUUUCACUGAAACCAUCUGAAAUGGAUUACAUGUUUGAAAUAAGUGAUGGUCAUAUAAAAAUUAAAGCUUAAAUCUUUGAAAUUAAAACAAACAAGGUAGCUUCAGGAACACUUUUCUUCUAAAGUCUAUUUCAAAUAUACCCUUAAUCUUAAACUUCGAAAAUUGAUUAAGCAUUAAAAUUGGAGAGAGAAUUGCAAAAGGAGAAAUAUCAAAAAGAAAGUAUGAAACUUAAUAAAAUAAAAGAAAUGGAACAGAAGGUAUUUUAAGAAUAUAAGUAAAAUAUUGAAACAGCAGAAAAAACUAAAGAUUAAACAUUUACAAUGGCUCAACCUGUUUAGUUCUUACUGUAUAUCUCCUUUUCUUAUUUCAGUUUUUUCAAAUACAGAGGAAGAUGA